UAUUAGCGGCGACAGCUGUCUCCGCUAAAAGUCUGUGUCCCACAUUAAACCCUAGCCACACAAAUCUUAUCCUGGUUAAACCAAUAGCGGCGACGAAUGGUCAACACCGGCGACGUGGCGUCUCCGCUAAAAGUCGAAACGUAAAACUCCUUUAUCAGCGUCUUUCCCUCUUUCCUCUUCACUUUUCCCCCCAAAUUUCUUCCUUCCACCGCCGGAGACACCCGAAUUUUGGCCCAAUCGAAACUCCGGUCACCGCCAUCUCUUCUCCGGUCACCACCAUCUCUUCUCCGGUCACCACCUCAAAAACCGGGAGUAUGUUUUCGAUAUUGUUGAUAUUCGCGUAUCUGAUGGCUGAUGUGGCCCCCUGGGGACAUGGGGGUGACGGCGCUGGUGAUCCACCGAUUCCUCCUGGUGGAUUUCGUGGCACACAUGAGACAGACGCGGUUCCCCCGAAGAGGGUUAGGGGAAAAGCAAAAAACGAGAAACUAAGGCGUCUGGUAAAAGCGGGGGGGCCUGUAUCGCUUACGUUUGACAGGCAGGUGACGUAUACCCCUGUUGGUAAAACAAGGGAUAUGUUUUCACGGGAGGCCGGCCUGUAUAUGUGGCGGUCCAUCCCCCUCGAUAAAAUUGGAUGGGAUAACGUUGAACAACAUUACAAGGAUGCCCUCAUGAACCACUUACGGGUAAAUAACUUAUAUGCAUAAAAUUUUAUCAAAUAUUUAAGCACAUGCAAAUCUAAUUUAUAUAUGAUAUUUUAACUUUUUUAUUUAAUUUGUAGGAAAUUUUCAAUUUUGA